CUUACCAUAAUUCUCACUCUUCUUAUUCACGUUCACGGAACAGCAGCAGAAACCCUGUUUUGGGUUUUGUCUCCAGUCUCACAACCCUUCACUGCUUCAAUGAGAAUCCGAUCUCAGACUAAAAAUUCGCUAACUGCUGCAAGGGUAGGGUCCAGUGACAAGGUGACUCCAUUGAUGCCAAAUGAUGACCAGCAUUUCCUGUUGUAUUUCAUCAUGGGUACCUACUUUGGGCCUGAUUUAAAAAGAGAGAAGCCCCAAAAGUCAGUUUUGCAAAGAAAAUCUGAGUGCCUUCCACCAUAUACUUCUGAUCAACUAGCUGGAUCACAUAUUAAAACAGUAGAAGUAGAGAGGGUAUACUUCCAUGUGCUUAGGAAGGCACAUCAAUCUUUUGUUGUGAAAGCACCUAUUAUUGACAAAUUUUUGAAGGGCAAUCUCUUCAUCCCCCCUGGUCAUACAGCUGCUGUCUAUCCUCAGUUUCCUGAUCUUUUUCCUCUUGAAAUGCAUCCACAUUCUAAGCUGGGAAAUAGAUAUAAAAUCAUCAAGAACAUUUCAUUUAUUAACAAUCCAGAAGUUUCUUACAUCAAGCCAGAAGAUAUUGCACGGUUUAAAAGGUUAACUGGGCUAGAGGACUUGCUAUUGGAUAGAGAUGCUGCAAGGCUGCAUGUUUCAAGGAAUGGUGGUGAUCCAUACAAUGUGGCAUUGCAGGACGCUGAAACUAAUGGAAAGUUGCCUCCCACCAGAACUCCUUGUGGCUCCAAAAGACAAAGGAAAGUAAAUGACAUGCUGCAAAGCAAGGAUCAAUGUACUCAAGAUCUGGAACCUAGCAAUUGUAUGCCAUUUAGCAGUGCUCCUGUGACAUCUGAAGCUCCUACUAAAGCCAAACAUGAGCUAGAUGCUUCAGAGAAAGAUAGUCCAGUAAUGAUAUUUCUUCAAUCUCACCCAACGAAGCAGGAGUUGGCUAACAUGGUAGCUGCUACUAAAACUGGAUUUGCAUUAACUGGCAGUGCAGCCAUGGGGCAUGUGGGGCCAAUCAUAGGACAAAUGGAUAUUGGAGAAUGUGAAGACUCUUACCUCUUCCGUGUGUCUCUUCCAGGGGUCAAGAGAGAUGAAAGUGAAUUUAGCUGUGAAGUUGACAAUGAUGGUAAAGUAUUGAUAAGGGGAGUGACAACAACUGGUGAGAAAAGAGUAUACCGAUACUCUCAAGUGUUUGAAAUGCAAUCACAGAACCUUUCCCCACCAGGACAUUUCUCAAUCUCAUUUCAGCUUCCUGGGCCAGUUGAACCUCAGCAGUUUUCUGGUAAUUUUGGCACCGAUGGGAUUCUUGAGGGAAUCGUGAUGAAAAGACCAACAAAUUGAUAUAUAGGAGGAAAAUCGGAUCCAUGAUAUGGAAGGGUUCUUUCUCUAAGAAAAUGCCCCAAUUGUUUGACUGGUCUAAUCUCGUUUGUAUUAGUGUAGUGAUGAUGACAUGGAUUAAGCUGAAAAUAAUCAAAUUGAGCCUUCUUUGUAAGGCUCUGCAAGCCUUAAAACCUGCAUCAUACACAUUAGCUUCUUGAUAUUAUUCCAUGGCGUGGUGUGGCUUGGAGCUGCAUAAUCUAGAAGCUUUGUCAUCUGAAUUUUAUUUGUACCAAGAAAAUUCAUUUAAUUUA